AGCAAAAAUGAAAAAUUCUAAAUUGGAAGUGAUUCCGGGAGAGUCGGAGUCAAAAUUAGAAGUUGCAGCCGUGGACGUUCGAAUGGUUCCUCUAUGUCCCUUCCGCGUUGACUCGAAGGCGACCAUCGUAGACGAUUCGGAGGAAUUUACUGCCCCCCAUGAGCCGCUGAGUAAGCUAGGUAGCGAUAAGGAUGGAUUACCGGGACGUCUGUCGGCCAUCGAAUGGUAUCGACUUCGCUCAAACACCUACGGUGUCACCAGCUUUGCGGCCAUUGAACGCGUGCUGCGUACGAUCGAAAUCAGUCCUUCCGCUAUGGUGGGGCUCGAUCUGAAUCGUUGCGGUUAUUCCAGUCUACACAUACAAAUCGCACUGGAUGCGGUGCUCCGAAUUCGGCCAACGUGGGUGACGGUACUGGAUUUGAGCCACAAUCAAUCGAUGAAUACCUCACUGGCACGGUUUCUAGGCAACGCACUGCAGGAACUGCAAACCAUCGCCUACCUUUCACUUUCCUACUGCACCCUUGACGACGAGUGUGUCUCUAUCUUGAGCGAUGCCUUAUCCAACUCGGGCGUAAGCACACUACAUGCCGAGCAUUGCCAUAUCACCGACCAGGCUGGUUCGAUACUGUUCCGUGCCUUGGCCUACAGCGAUUGUAUCGAGAAGCUGUAUCUCGCGUGGAAUCACUUCGAGGUUGCCAGUGGAAUCGCCAUUGGUGCAUUCCUUGCCACCCAACGUACCACCAUCAGCGAGCUACAUCUGGCCGGUAAUCGGUUACACGCCGAACAGAGUGCUAUUCCACUGUUAAAGGGAUUGGCUGGUAAUGAAGCAAUUACCUACCUCGAUCUAUCUUGGAAUGGUUUGCGGGGUGAAGAGAUCGCACGUACGCUACUGAAGGCCGUGCAACAGACGAAGAAAUUGAUGCACCUUUCGUUGGAACACAACCUACUUGCCACAGAAGAGAUGCCUGCCGUCGUGAAACUGGUGGCCAAAAGUGAAUCCCUUCAGGAGCUCCACCUGGGUGGCAAUUAUCUCACGGAAGAAUGUUCGAUCGAUCUCAUAAAAGCGUUCACACGGAGCACUUCGAUGGCGGUGCUCUCGCUUGGACUCGACUACUUCAUCACAAACCGUGCCGCUAAACUGUGCCAACUGUGCCGGAAGCGAAAUCCACAGAAAACGAUCAUCUACCGGGGUGUCCUGUUGAGCAAUCCGCCACGGCCAGUCGAUGUACAGGAGAUGUUGCUCGAUCGGGCACGCUACCUGGCGUCCAAACCAAAGAAACCCAAACUAAAGCGUGACUUUGGUCACCUAAUGCUACAGUUACAGGCUGCUAUCCGGUCGGGCCAGGAUCAGACCACCGUCACCAGGGAUGAGUUCGUGAAGGCAGUGAAAACGUUUCGCAUUAAACUCGAUCGACCUCUGCUUGAGGCAAUGAUGGACGCGUUUGCGGUGGGACGGGACAACGUGAAUGUCGCCGCCAUGGCAACCAAGUAUCUCACGAAGCAUCCAACGUCCAAACGUCCCGACGAGGAGAAGCGGACUGAGAGGAGAACGAAAGCCAAAUAA